AUGAAUGUAGAGCGUGCAAUCGGUAAAGAAAGAGUGACAUCAAUUCAUUGUUGGCUCGACUCCACGGUAGCGUUAUGCUGGAUAAACGGUCAGGGUGAAUAUCACCAGUUUGUAGCAAAUCGAGUGAGAAAGAUCCAACAGCACCACCAUAUCGUCUGGCGUCAUGUUCCAACAACUGAAAACCAAGCUUACAUUGGGAGCCGCGGUGGGCAUGUUGUCGACAACGAGCUUUGGAGACAUGGACCAAAGUGGCUAAGCAAUAAAGGGAAUUGGCCGCAAGAGAUACUUCCUGUAGUCACUGAGGAGGUAAGAAAGGAAGAAAAAUCUUCGGCACACGUCAUGGUUGGAGCGGAACACCAGGAGGAAAACGAGUUCGACAAGUUAGUCGAAUCGUAUCUAUUAUGCAAAACCCUUCGUAUCUGCGCUUGGAUAAGAAGAUUCAUCAACAAUUGCAGGCGAACACGCGAUGAACGAGAGACAGGUCCUAUAAAAUACCACGAAAUUGAAAACUGCACACUGUGGUGGAUCAGACUUGAACAAAAUUGGUUUAGAGAGCAGUCUUGUUAUCAAACCCUAAAGCUGGAAUCAAACCUUCAACCAAGGAGCAAUGGAAUACUAGAGUGUCGCGGUAGAAUAAAGGGGGAGUAUCCCAUAUUCCUACCUACAAAAUCCACAUUUACGAGGAGAAUUUUGGAACAAGCACAUUUAACAACGCUCCAUGGGGGAGUCUUAGCAACCAUGGCCGAAGUGCGAGAGCGAUAUUGGAUCCCGAAACUGCGUCGACUAGUGAAGCAAGUGAGGUCCAAAUGCUAUGGUUGCGUAAAGUUUCGAGCACAGUCAUUCCAAAACCCACCGGAAGAAAGAUUGCCAACUACAAGAGCCCAAGGGUCAACUCCAUUUCAAGUGCUAGGAGUCGACUUCGCUGGCCCUAUUCGAUACAUGGCGAAAGGAAAAAUGGAAAGAAAGGCAUAA